GAACUAAGAAACGGAGGAACGCGCGGAUUGCGAACCGCCACAGUGUUGUCGAUGGGAAGAGUACACGAAGGCGAGAAUUUCUUGUUUUUUUACAUUGAAAGAUCGAAAAUGAUGAGAAAAAUCAUGGUGUUGGGACGUUACAAAGUAUUAUCGAACGAAUAAGGCCAAUUAACUGAAUAACGUGAAUAUUAAGUGGGUGAAGUGAAACACAUGUGUCGGCCGAAACGUGUUUUCCAUUAUAAAGUGCCGUGUGUCUCCCGUGUUUGGUCGAGGACAAUUUCUCGUUUAGAAAGCCAAGUUUAAUUUUAGUAAGAAUCGUAAGAAGAUCGUUAAUAUCUUCGAAUUUAAGGAUAUAUCGUUGCAAUGUGGUUAUUAUCGUAAAGGAAAUAGGGCUCGUUAGAAAAGGCGGCAGUGCGUGGGUGGGUGGGAAUCUGGCGGCUGCCACUUAUAUAUUACCAGAUUCCUUUUCAAAUUUAGCACUAAACUUUAUUGGAUUACCGAUGAUUAACAUUAUCCUACUUGAAUAAUAUCUUGAUGAUUUUUUCUAUGGGAUAUAUGUUCCUUAUACAAUUUGCUACAAAUUAGAAAAGAGAAAAAAAAAACAACAACACACACAUAUACACACAUAGAUUUCUGAUUGAUUGAAUACUAGAGGAAUGCUGCUUUCAUAAUCACUUCUUGUCAGGCACUGUCUUACGCAUAAGUUUGCUUGUCUGAAAAAAUAAAUCUACCUGUCAACCAUUGAUAUAUCUUCCACGAUGAACAUUUUAUGUAAUAAUAAUAAUAUCUGAUCUACGACAAUGUUCAACAAGAAAUACACAUUUUCCAAAAUAAUAUUUCACUCGAUGAUCAUAUUGUAAAAAACAUUUGUAUUAUAUCACCGAUGUUGAUUGACAGAUGUUCCUUGAAAUACAUGUUUAAGAAACAUGUUUCUGGCAAAUGAUAUGACCAAAAUACUUUAGCAAGAUUGAUCUACAUCUCUGCUGGCACACAAAACUAAUUCCAUUAAGAAAAGGAAGAGAAUAUCUUGCAUAGAUUAGAAAAUUUUCUAAUAAAUGUUGUCCAGAGGUUAAGGUAUGGGAGCUCAAGUGGAGGAAAAUGGAUACCGGUAAAGUAUCAGCAUGCGUGAAAAGUCAGCAGAAUGUCAUGCUCACACAGGUCACGUGAGGGGCACGACAGAGAUGUGCUCGCGUGAUCCUCCAACAUUGCACCCAACCCUUGCCAAUACUAAUGGUAAAAAUACAAGUCCCCAACCAACACAGCAUAGCGAACAACGUACCGAUAAUAAUAUUUUACCAACACCUGGAGGAAGGUUGAAAUUUUUUAAAGAUGGAAAGUUUAUAUUGGAGCUGUCGCAUCGUCGAGAUGGAGAACGAACUACAUGGUAUCCUGUUCCAAAAAAGACAUUCUGGCCACCGGCAAGCACUCUACCCAAUAGACAAGAGAGUAGCACUUCUCUUAGCGUUUCUGAUGAUAAUUCUUCGAUUCAAUCGAGCCCUUGGCAAAGAGACCAUUGCUGGAAGCAAGCUAAUCCCAGACGCAGGAUAUCUACAGAGUUCAAUUUUUAUUACCAUAGAAAUCCAAAAAGCCGCCUAUGCGCGUAUCCACGUUUGGUAGCACGCAAACGUCGUCGUCCACACGAUCCUACAUCCUUAAUGCUUAUUCCUGAAUCCUCAGUAUCUCAUAUUAAAUCAUUUCGUAAAGUGAACGAUACAUCAUCUGGGAAAGCUUUAAGUUUGAUAGUUGAGAAAUUAGCACGUCUUCUUGAUCCUAAUGUUGUUUCACCUCGCAAGCGUAUUUUAAGGGAAUUGGAAAGAGUUUCAUUGGAGGAUCAAGCAUCUAAAAGGCGUGCUACUCCUCAACCUGUUAAUAUAACCAGUACUUCUACGCCUUCUCCAAAGCAGUUAUCUUCAUACAGUAUAACUAGUAUCUUAGGAGAAGAUAAACCAAAUCCUGAGCCAGGAUUUUUAAGAAAUUUAUUGAAACCAGAUGACAGGCAACCUGUGAAAUACUCAUCGAGUAACUCUUAUCCAAGAGUGCGAAUGGACCCUUAUAUUGGAUCUACCAAUGCAACUGUACAUCAUUCGCUCUAUGGUGUUCCAAUGUUGCCUCCUGGACCAUAUAGAGCUCCAUUAUGGAUGCAAUAUCAGCCACCAAUUCAUUAUCCACCCCCUUUGCCAUUAUUUGUCCCACCACCACCUCAUCCUUCAUCUCCACCUGUACAUCAUUACAAAGACUACAGAGAACAAACGCUUACUCCUCCUUCAGAUAUGCCUCUAAAUCUAUCAAAACAUGCUGGUUGAAUCUCAGGAUCCCAUAAAUUGGUGCCUUAUCAAUGGACAAUUCUAUGAAAACACUGCCCCUGCAACAAAAACGCGAUAUAUUAGUAUUUUUUUAUCCAUAAACAAUAAUAUCAUAGUAAGUAGGGAUGUGCAACCAGAAGGAUAACAUCUGGAUAUGUUAUACUUGUAUAUACAAAUGCAUAAGCAGUCAACAUUGGCAUAUAGAUAUUUUAGAUUAUUACCUAAUUAUAUAACGAGUAGUAUUUUUUAUUAAAUUUAAAAAAGAAAAGAUACUAU